UCUCAUGGCAAAAUGGAAGAUUUUACUGAAGAUAAACCUCUGGGUACAGGGCCCAUCUAUUUCUUUGAUCAGAUGAAACCAAAAAGGAAAAGAUGGGAAAAGACAAAGCAUGAAGACCACAUCCCUCAUCCAAUAUACAGCUUAAGACAUAAAUAUAGUCACACAGAGAAUACAAAAUCUGAAGUAGCAGAGGACAAAAGAGUAUCUACAGUAAACUCGUCUGAGGAGAACUAUGAGUUCCACAUAUCUACCAUCUCACAAUUCUAUAGCAUUUCCAAGUUUUCUCCUCAUCUUAAAUCUGCCAAAGUAUGCCUGCAAAAGAGUCUACUUGAAGAAUACAAACUUACUGCUUCUGAAAUACUGAAUGAACUUGCAGAGAUAUUGCAAAAAUAUGUUGAAUAUAAUAUUACUUUCCCUGUGGGAGUUGUAAAUCUUAUAAAUUACAGUUGGUCUGAGCUUACUGAAGGUGCUUACACUUAUAAGAGUAGAAACAAAGUUCCAAGGUUGAAGAAACACAGUACUGUGCAUAAAGAUCCCAAAUCUAUGCCUAUAGCUGAAUUACAGAAGUACCACAUCAACAGCUCUUGCAGAGAAGAAUGUCAUAAGGAAAACAAUCUGGUGCAAGCAAAACGUGCAUCAGUUUUUGUCAAACAAAUACCGAAUUCCCAGACCUCCCAGAAUAGCAGCAUACCUGCUGUCAUCCACUUUUCACUGAGAUCCAAGACCUGUUUAGAAAAUGGUUGGAUCUUUCAACAUACCUACUCAUCAUCAGAAAUUAUGAAAUGGAAGACAGCCCUCGAUGUUGCAGUGAAGAGACUACAGCUGGCCAUAAUUCAAAGAAAAAAGGAAGAAGCUAAGCUGAAAAAAGAGGGAUUCAACAAGCCACUCAUCCUGCACCACUAUAAUGAUUUUGAAAACACAAUGAAGGUGGGCAGUAGUCCUCCAGCUUCUCCCAGUUUCUGGCUGGAGCUGCUGAAGGGGAAGCCACAGAUACCAACAAUCAAAGAGGUUGACCCAGCAAUGAAAAAGUUCCAUUACUCCCUGGUAGAUGGUUCGUCUCUGACCUACUAUCCUUCUGGCCGUCUAGCUGUCUGCCAGAGUUCUUCUGCCCUUCCUUGGGGUGGCAUGUACACCAACAUACUCAGUGACUCUGACAAGCAAGUUAUCCUUGGAACCUUUACACCUUUUGGAUGUGGUAGCAUUUCUUUUCCUAAAAGGCAAGUGAGAUUUCAUACUAAUUAGAACGUGUGAGUAAGCUAAGAACAAGGAAUGGGCUAAAGUCCAACAAGGGGAGACAUAGUGAGCAAUCCUUAAAGUGGUCAACCUAAUUGAAAAAGCAGGGGAGGGAAAUAAAAUAAAUGCAUGUGCUUAAAACCGUUCCGUGUGCAGACUUGCAAAUUAGAGCAGUCUAAAGAUCGGGACCCUAGAAGCAGUAGGGCUGUCGGCGAGCUGAUGCUCUGGCUCUCAGAACAGAAGGAUCUAUACAAAGGCCACGUCCCAUGAACACACAGGUUGCAAACUGACAUAGGAAGACUGGUAUUUAGAGAGUAAGGUCUCAGCUGAGCCUCCCUGCCACUUAAGAGCCAGGUAACACUGGCAGGACCCCUGCUCAAUACCCCAUGAAAAGCCUCUUCAAAAUGUGUACAAAGCUCCUAGGACCAUGAUCUCCAUGGGCUCUUACAUCCAUCCUGCC